GGAAUACUGCGGUCCCCUGGUCCCUCAGCCUCACCAAUUCGCUGCCGUACAACUUCGACCCUCGCCUUUCUUCGUGUCUUAUAUAUAUAUCUGAUUAAAUUCAUUUUAGUGAUCGUCAACAUCGUCAUCUCUUCAUUAGCGAUAUUUAACUCUUUAAAACAACUCCAUUUUCUCUCACUAAAGAAAAGUUGGAGAGGCCGUAGAGAAGCUCUAUUUCGAGAAUCGUCUACACGUAGCUAAUCGGAGAAAUGGUGUCUCAACGUCUUGGUGGUGAUGGUGCUGGUAUUGUUGGAUUCGUUGGGUUGGACGAGCUCAGCUUGGAGAUGGCAGCUGCGCUUGUUCGGUCUGGUUAUAAGGUCCAGGCGUUUGAGAUAGAAGGAGCUCUGGUGGAUAAGUUCUCAAAUCUGGGGGGAGUUAGAUGUGCCAGCCCACAUGAGAUUGGGAAAGAUGUUGCAGCGUUGAUUAUCUUACUAUCUCAUGUUGAUCAAAUCAAUGAUGUGAUAUUUGGUCAACAGGGUGCCUUAAAAGGGUUGCAGAAAGGGGCAGUCAUCAUCCUACGCUCAACUAUUUUUCCAUCACAUGUACAAACUCUAGAGAAAAGUCUCGUGGCGGAUGGCGUGAAAGCUUAUUUAGUGGAUGCAUAUGUCUCCAGGGGAAUGUCUGAGGUUUUAGAUGGAAGAAUCGUGAUUAGUUCCUCAGGGACAUCUGAAGCCAUUGCAAAGGCUCGUCCUAUUCUCUCUGUAAUGUGUGAAAAGCUGUACACUUUUGAGGGUGAAGUUGGUGCUGGAAGUAAAAUUAAAAUGGUCAAUGAGCUGCUUGAGGGCAUUCAUCUUGUCGCUUCAGUGGAGGCUAUUUCUCUUGGCUGUCAAGCUGCAACUAAUCCAUGGAUGGUCUACGACAUAAUAUCCAAUGCUGCUGGAAAUUCGUGGGUUUUCAAGAAUCAUAUACCUCAGUUGUUGAGAGGGGAUAUCAAGCCCCAUUUUCUCAAUAUUGUGGUCCAGAAAUUGGGUGUCAUUUUGGAUUUGGCCAAAUCAUUGCCAUUUCCUCUUCCACUUUUGGCUGCUGCUCACCAACAGCUUAUUGCUGUAGGGUCUACAUAUGCUGCUGGAGAUGAUAACAGUAUCACAUUGCUCAAGGUUUGGGAAAAUGUAUUUCAAGUAAAUAUUCAAGAAGCGGCCAGCGCAGAACCCUACAUCCCUGAGCAAUUGGCAUGCCAAAUUACUUCUAAAUCUGUUGCUGUGAAGCGGAUUGGUUUCAUAGGUCUUGGAGCAAUGGGAUUUGGCAUGGCAACUCACUUGCUGAAAUCCAAUUUUUGUGUCAUUGGUUAUGAUGUAUAUAAACCGACACUGACUCGAUUUGCAAAUGCUGGUGGCUUGAUUGGGAACACUCCAGCAGAAGUAUGCAAAGAUGUUGAUGUGCUUGUAGUCAUGGUCACAAAUGAGACUCAAGCUGAGAGUGUUUUGUUUGGAGAUCAUGGUGCAAUUUCAGCACUUUCAUCGGGAUCAUCCAUCAUCCUUUCAUCUACUGUAUCUCCUGGAUUUGUGAUCCAACUAGAGCGGCGAUUGCAAAAUGAAGGCAAAGAUUUGAAAUUGGUGGAUGCUCCUGUUUCUGGUGGUGUCCAAAGGGCAUCAGAUGGAACACUUACGAUAAUGGCUUCGGGUACUGAGGAAGCUCUUUUACAUACUGGCUCAGUCCUUUCAGCAUUAAGUGAGAGGCUCUGUGUCAUAAAGGGAGGUUGUGGAGCUGGAAGUGGUGUAAAGAUGGUUAAUCAGUUGCUUGCUGGAGUUCAUAUAGCUUCAGCAGCUGAGGCAAUGGCAUUUGGAGCUCGAUUAGGCCUCAACACCAGGAUGCUGUUUAAUUUCAUUGCAAAUAGUGGAGGAACAUCCUGGAUGUUUGAGAAUCGUGUUCCACACAUGUUGGAUAAUGACUAUACCCCAUAUUCUGCCCUCGAUAUCUUUGUGAAGGAUCUGGGCAUUGUUUCUCACGAAUGCUCAACUCAUAAAGUGCCACUUCAUGUUGCAACUGUUGCACACCAGCUGUUCCUGGCAGGUUCUGCUGCUGGCUGGGGUCGUCAAGACGAUGCUGGUGUAGUCAAGUAUUAUGAGAGUCUCACAGGUGUUAGAGUUGAAGGAAAACUCCCCAUUCUUAACAAAGAAACUGUUUUGAAAUGUCUUCCAGCUGAGUGGCCCUUGGAUCCCAUUGAUGAUAUACGUAGGCUGAAUCAGAGCAAUUCAAAAGUAUUGGUUGUUCUAGAUGAUGAUCCAACAGGAACUCAAACUGUUCAUGAUAUUGAAGUAUUAACAGAAUGGAGUGUUGGGUCUCUGGUUGAGAAGUUCAAGAAGAAGCCAACAUGUUUUUUCAUUCUGACCAACUCCAGGGCACUGAGUUCUGAGAAGGCAAGUGCACUGAUAAAAGAUAUCUGCAGAAACCUAAGUGAUGCAGCUAAAUCAAUUGAAGAUGUUGACUAUACAGUAGUUUUGAGAGGGGAUUCAACAUUAAGAGGUCAUUUUCCAGAGGAAGCGGAUGCGGCUGUUUCUGUACUUGGUGAAAUGGAUGCAUGGAUCAUUUGCCCUUUUUUCCUUCAAGGAGGCCGUUAUACCAUCGAAGAUGUACACUAUGUUGCAGAUUCUGAUCGGCUUGUCCCUGCUGGAGACACAGAGUUUGCUAAAGAUGCGGCUUUUGGCUUUAAAUCUUCCAACCUACGAGAGUGGGUGGAGGAGAAAACUAAAGGCCGUAUUCCAGCUUCUAGUGUUACAUCUGUAUCUAUCCAACUUCUGAGGAAAGGUGGACCUAAUGCUGUUUGUAAGCUUCUUUGUGGCUUGCAGAAGGGUUCAACUUGUAUAGUCAAUGCAGCAAGUGAAAGAGACAUGGCUGUAUUUGCAGCUGGAAUGAUCCAGGCAGAGUUGAAGGGGAAGUCAUUCUUAUGCCGCACUGCUGCUAGUUUUGUUUCUACCCGAAUUGGAAUUAUCCCAAAAGCUCCAAUACUGCCCAAGGAUCUAGGAAUAAACAAAGACAAGAAUGGUGGACUCAUUGUUGUGGGAUCAUAUGUUCCAAAAACAACAAAACAGGUUGAAGAAUUAAAAAUACAAUGUGGUGCUAUCUUAAGAACCAUUGAGGUUUCUGUUGAUAAACUUGCAAUGAAGUCUCAAGAAGAGAGGGAGGAGGAAAUUAGUAGAGCUUCUGAGAUGGCAGAUUUUUUCCUUGGAGCUCGCAAGGACACAUUAAUAAUGACCAGUCGAGAGCUCAUCACUGGAAAAUCUCCUUCUGAGAGUUUGGAAAUCAAUUUUAAAGUGAGUUCUGCUUUGGUGGAAAUUGUGCAGCGGAUAUCAACAAGGCCUAGAUACAUUUUAGCUAAGGGUGGAAUCACCUCAUCAGACCUUGCUACAAAAGCCCUAGAAGCAAAAUGUGCCAAAAUAGUUGGACAAGCUCUGGCUGGUGUUCCUUUGUGGCUGCUAGGUCCUGAAAGUAGACAUCCACAAGUACCUUACAUUGUUUUCCCAGGUAAUGUUGGUGACAGUAAAGCUUUGGCAGAAGUAGUGAAGUCCUGGGCUCGUCCUUCUAGACUUUCAUCAACGAAAGAGCUCCUUCUUAAUGCAGAGAAGGGAGGAUAUGCUGUUGGAGCAUUCAAUGUUUAUAAUAUGGAAGGAGCUGAGGCUGUUGUUGAUGCAGCUGAGAAAGAAAAUAGUCCUGCCAUUCUGCAGAUACAUCCUAGUGCCUUGCAGCAAGGAGGAAUUCCCUUGGUUGCUGCUUGUGUCUCUGCUGCUGAGCAGGCUAAUGUUCCUAUUACUGUUCAUUUUGAUCAUGGAACUUCGAAACAAGAACUGGUAGAAGCUAUCGACUUGGGAUUUGAUUCAGUGAUGGUAGAUGGUUCGCAUCUUUCUCUCAAGGAUAACAUAUCAUACACGAAGUACAUAUCUGCUUUGGCCCAUUCCAGAGAUUUAAUGGUGGAGGCUGAACUAGGGAGAUUGUCAGGAACAGAGGACGACUUGACUGUUGAAGAUUAUGAAGCAAGGCUGACAGAUGUUAAUCAGGCUGAAAAAUUCAUCGACGAGACUGGCAUAGAUGCUUUGGCAGUGUGCAUUGGAAACGUGCAUGGAAAGUACCCUGCCAGUGGCCCAAAUCUCAGGCUUGAUUUGCUCAAGGAUUUGCAUGCCUUGAGUUCAAAGAAAGGCGUCAUUCUUGUGCUUCAUGGAGCUUCUGGCUUGCCCAAGGAACUUGUAAAGGCGUGCAUAGAACGAGGUGUGAGGAAGUUCAAUGUGAAUACGGAGGUACGCAAGGCUUACAUGGAAUCGCUGAGCAGCCCCAAGAAAGAUUUGGUUCAUGUUAUAGCUUCUGCAAAAGAAGCCAUGGAAGCUGUGAUUUCAGAAAAGAUGCGUUUGUUUGGUUCAUCUGGAAAAGCGUAAUUUCUCUCCCUCCUUUAUUAUCGUAAAGGAUCCCAACCUGCAAAAUUUAGCUGCUACCUCAUUCAUUGUUUCAUGGAACUCCAUAUAUAUUUAUCCGCGUUAUGAUAAAACCAAAAUUUUCCUAUA